AAAGAGGCUGAGUUGUGCCAUUUCCGACAGCCGUGAAGGCAGCAGAGCCUCCGUUUGAUGAGAAGGCGCUGAAGCUUCAGACCGACUUUAUUUCACCCUCGAGCGCAGCAGCGCGUGGACCUUUGGGAGAUAAGUGUUUAUCCUGAUAGACUGCUGGUGUUUUUUUCUGCUUAUUCCCAUUUUCCAGCUGAAACAAACAGAUGAGGGAACUUUUAAAAGUUUGGAAAAAUAACCGAGACGCAUCAAGUGGAUUUGACGCACCAGCCAUCCUCCUCGUGGCGCAAAAAGAGGUCACUUAUGGGACAUUUUGCACACAUUUAAUAACUUCUGAUUGGUUUAUUUCAUCCAGUUUUAUGACAACAUUUAAGACCCUGACGCGGUGAUGCGGCUCUUUGCGACCCGUCGGGGGGAGACGGAGCUGGUACAAAUGUCCCUGGGUCAUUAAAUUUAUUGGAACGUGACUGCCGGAUAUGAACUUUCUCCGUAAUGAUUGUUGAAGUCCUGGUGAAUGAUUGACAGCUCGGAGGGAUGUGGACGAACUGGUUUAUUUUAAAUAAGAAGCGUGUUGGUGCAGAAAACAAAGUCCUAGGUUUAAAUGAACCAGAAGGAAAAAGGUUUCCAGUCAUGAACUGGAAUUAAAAAGAACAUUUGUUUGAGUUGAUGAAUGGACUAAAUCUUAUUCUGCUGAUGUUUGUUUGAGCUGUGGGACUCAUGUGCUGCCUGCUGUUCCUGCUGCUGCUCUGGUGUCCUGGUCUCUCGUUAGGAGCCUCCAAGGACCUGGUGUGUGAGCCCAUAACUGUUCCCAUGUGCAAGGGCAUCGGCUACAACUUAACCUACAUGCCCAACCAGUUCAACCACGACACCCAGGAGGAGGUGGGGCUGGAGGUGCACCAGUUCUGGCCCCUGGUCCGCAUUCACUGCUCUCCGGACCUGCUCUUCUUCCUCUGCAGCAUGUACACACCGAUCUGCCUGCCGGACUACAGAAAACCACUUCCUCCCUGCCGUUCUGUGUGUGAGCGGGCCAAGCAGGGCUGCUCCCCCCUCAUGAGCCAGUAUGGCUUCGAGUGGCCUGAGAGAAUGAGUUGUGAGCAGCUUCCCCAGCUUGGUGACGAAAUUCUGUGCAUGGACCAGAACAACAGCGAGACCACCACUCUGGCACCUCCAUUCCCCAAGUCUACGCCCAAAAUCCGGACCAGACCUCCCAGCUCCUCUCAGUGUGACAGGGAGUGCCGCUGCCGGGACCCCCUGGUGCCCAUUAAGAGGGAGUCUCACGUCCUGUACGGCCGGGUCCAGACAGGACCGUUGCCUAACUGUGCUCAGCCCUGUCACAUGCCUUAUUUCUCAGCAGAUGAACGAGCUUUUACAAGCUUCUGGGUGGGACUCUGGUCUGUGCUGUGCUUCGUCUCCACCUUAACCACCGUUGCCACCUUCCUGAUCGACAUGGAGCGCUUCAAGUACCCAGAGAGGCCCAUCAUAUUCCUGUCUGCCUGCUACCUCUUCGUCUCCUUGGGUUACAUCAUCCGGUUGGUGGCAGGUCACGAGCGAGUGGCGUGUGGUGCCAGCGCAGGUGGCAGCCAGCUACACAUCCUCUACGAUGCUUCUGGCCCUGCCCUUUGCACCCUGGUCUUCUUGUUGGUGUAUUUCUUUGGCAUGGCCAGCUCCAUCUGGUGGGUGGUGCUGUCCUUCACCUGGUUCCUUGCUGCAGGGAUGAAGUGGGGCAGCGAGGCCAUAGCAGGGUAUUCCCAGUAUUUCCACCUUGCAGCGUGGCUAAUCCCCAGCAUCAAGUCCAUUGUGGUCCUCGCCUUGAGCUCUGUGGACGGAGACCCAGUGGCAGGAAUCUGCUAUGUCGGAAACCAGAGCCUGGAGAACUUGAGGGGGUUUGUCCUAGCCCCUCUUGUGGUCUAUCUCUUCAGCGGCUCACUUUUCUUACUCGCAGGUUUUGUGUCUUUAUUCCGCAUCAGGAGCAUCAUCAAACAAGGCGGAACCAAGACGGACAAGCUGGAGCGGUUGAUGAUUCGCAUCGGGCUCUUCACGGUUCUGUACACAGUCCCGGCCACCAUCGUGGUGGCCUGCCUGGUCUACGAGCAGCAUUACCGCCCUGGCUGGGAGCGAGCCUUGGCCUGCUCCUGCCUGCCAGAGCGCCAGCGCUCGGGUUUAGCUCCAGACUACGCCGUCUUCAUGCUCAAAUACUUCAUGUGCUUGGUGGUGGGCAUCACUUCCGGAGUCUGGAUUUGGUCUGGAAAAACUCUGGAGUCCUGGAGGAGAUUUGUGGCUAGAUGCUGCCCCUGCUGGCCACAGAAAGCCAUUGCACCACCAUCCAUGUACAGUGAAGCCAGCACAGCUUUAACUGGACAUACGAGGACUGGACUGACAUCAGGAAUCUACCAUAAGGCCCCUCCAUCACAUAUAUGAACAGACUGAAACCACCAUGUUUUUUUUUUACACAAGAAUAAUCUUCAUACUCUCCAGUGUUAAGACAAGAUCAUGGACAAACACCAGGACUGUAUCUAUUUUUGUGUCCGUUUCUCUGAAUAGAAUCAGAAAAAAGAUUUUAAUCAGGAGUAUUUAUAUUAAAAUAGAUUUGGGCACCCUUAAAACCACCUCUACAGAGUCAAACUCACACUUCUUCCUUCUGUUCCAGAGCACUGAGACUAAAUCUAUUUAUUGAUGUACAUAUUGUAGAUAUUUGUUGUAUAAUAAACAGUUAAGCUUCUGGACAACCACCAAGUCUCGUGUAAAAAAACAAAUAGCUUUUCAUUUGUAUAAACUGUGCAUAAAUGUGAUGUACAGGUCCGUGUUUGAGUGUGGAAACGAGCUGAAAGUCUUUACUGUGAUUAGGAAAUUCAUUUGCCGUGUCUUUAAUGCUGGCUCUGACAUGACCUCUUAGUUCUGUGAAGUCAUUAAAGUGUCUAUGUGAAAGGAGA